UUGAGUCAGUCUUCAGACAGACGGCAGUGAGAGAGGACCAUGCGGCGGACAGCAUCAUCAUUAUCUUCAUCAUCAUCAACCAAACCCAGCUGAGGAAUAAUGUCAGUAAACAACGGCACGGGGUCAUUAGGCCUACAGGUGACAGAGGAAUACACCUGCGUGCGUUUUUACGUGUCCACCGUGUCCUUCUCGGUGCUGCUCUUCUUCAACCUCAUCAUCAACUGGACCAUCGUGCGCGUGGAGCAGCUCCGGAGUCAUGCCCGCUUCGUGCUGGUCUUCCACCUGCUGGUGUCCGCCCUGGUUUACCUGGGCAUGAGCAGCAUCUUCUACUACCAGAUCCACCUGGACGCACGGCUGGGCCGCUCCGCCUGCCUGGCCAUGAUCACCAUCCUGAUCAGCAGCGCCUCCAACAUCCUGCUGACGCUCACGGUCAUGGCUUUGGACCGUUACUGCGCCGUGUGCCACCCGAUGCGCUACAGCUCCACCUGCACGGCGGGGCGCUGGCCCUGGCUGAUGGGUGCCGUCACCUGGCUGGUGGCUUUGGUCAUUCCCAUCAGCCUGCUCCUCCGCCCGGACUCCCAGGCCGCCGGGGUCGCUUAUAACGGAGUGUGUGACCGGGAGCAGCUGAAAAACUUCCAGCUACAGAAGGUGCUGUUCGUCGGUGUGUGCACCAUACUCAUACUGUACAGCUAUGUGAGGAUACUGGUGGAGGGGCGGCGGUUAGGGGUGCUGAACCGGCGCAACCGGGCCGGGUGCAGGACGAUCGCCCUGCACGGCACCCAGCUGGCGGUGUACAUCCUCCCUAACUUUGUGAACUACGUGCUGACGGUGUUGGUCAACAAGAUGCUCAUAACGCGGGAGACCAAAGAGCUGUCCGCCGUGGUUAUCUUCGCUUUCUUCAGCUUGGCGCAGUGCGUUGCGCCCGUUGUUUACGGUUUGCGUAAAGAGGAACUUCUGGAGCAGUUGAGUCACAGGUUCCCCUGCUGUUCCCGGUACUUGAAGAGUGUCCUCGGCUGGACUGUGCGCAACAACUGGACACACACCCAACACAUUACACGGGAGCGGACACUGACGGCACAGACGAUCAUCUCCCUACAAGUCUCGCAAGCCCCAGAGGAGGAGGAAACAAGGCCAAUCCCAGUCAGGAGUUUCUCACAUGACUCAGACUCAUGUCAAGGCGAUAUGGACAAUGCCUGAUGGGGAAAAAGCAGGUCAAUAUCAGGAUCCUGGCCGCCACAGGGACGUUUGGAUGUGGCUCAACUCAGGCCUGGAAGGAAAUAAAGGAACCGCGUGGACAUAAGAAUACGUGAAGGUUUCUUUUGACCUCUUGCCAGGAGAGCGCAUGUGGAGCUGAUCAUUGGUCAACAGCCGAAGACAAUGUGGUUUCAGAAGUGGGCAGUUCUCUUAUUCUAUAUCCUGGCUGGUUCAGGGAAACUCAAGACUUCAGGCCACCUCUCGGACCUCGAUGCUGCAAACAGCCCUCCAUCCUUUGGAUCUAAAAUGACUGGGAUGGACUUAAACAUAUCUUCUGGUGAAUGUGUUUCCAUGUAAUUGUGUGGAUAUUGAAACCAAGGAAAGGGAGGGCACACUUCCCUUUCUUGCUGAGACAGAUGAGAAGAUAUACCACUGUGGGACAGGAUGGACGCCCAGUGUCGUUUCGAGUAUCAAUAUGAGCAAUAAUAAGAUUCAUACAGGAACAAUUGAUCUCAUGUUAGAUCACAUUCUGGGCAUGUGAACACACAAUCUUGUUAAUUUAUUUCAAUACAAUAAAUGUUGUACAUUACUGCA